AUGGCACCUUUAACGCGAGCGUCUGUAGCCUUGAUAACCGCUUCUUCAGCCGGGCUCGGCGCUGCCACUGCUCGACUAUUUGCAUCACACGGCGUCCGCGUCAUCAUUAAUUACCAUUCCAGCCAUGACAAAGCGCAAGAUCUUGUUGGCGAACUGGGAGAUCUGGCGAGGAAAACACUACACGAUAGUGUAGAGGAAGAUGUAGUUACGGCUAUAAAGGCUGAUAUGUCGAAGAAAGAUGAGGUGGAGAGAUUGAUUAAGGAGAGUAUGGAGAAGUGGGGUCGAUUAGAUGUCGUUGUCUCAAACCAUGGCUGGACACAGAUUCGCAAUUUUCAAGAUCUAGAUGACAAUAUUGUCGAAGAAGAUUGGGAUCGAUGUUUCAACAUGAAUGUGAAGUCGCAUUUGUGGCUCUUCCAUGCUGUGAAGCCACAUUUAGAGAAGACUGAUGGGAGUUUUAUAUCGACAGCUAGUAUUGCGGGUGUGAAACCCGGUGGGAGUUCCAUGGCAUAUUCUGUGACGAAAGCUGCUCAAAUACAUCUCAUCAAGUCAUUAGCUCUCACGUCAACAAUACGGGUGAAUUCCGUUUCACCGGGAUUGAUGCUCACUGACUGGGGUCUCCAAUUCCCCGAAUCAAAAGUAGAGGGAGUAAAGAAAAAGAGCCCACUAGGAAGACUCGCAACUGUUGAAGACGUUGCUAGACAGAUAUACUGUUUAGCUGAGAGCGAGAAUGCCACUGGCACAAACUCUGUCAUUGAUGGGGGAAUUCAUUUGGGAAAAUGA